GCUCGCGAGGGGCAGGCGCGCUCCCUCCCCGACGGGUCUGCGUCCUCCCCCUGCCCGCGCGCGCAGCACCCCAUCCUCCACUUCCCUUCCGUUCCCUCCCUGCCGCGGCGGAAUUGAGUCCAAGGCAGGAUCAGGUUCCCCGCCUUCCAGUCCGAAAAUCCCGCCAAGGGAGCCGCCGCGCAGAGGAAACUCCGGAGUGAAGCCAGGGGAAGAAAGAGACCAGCGAGUCAGUCACCCGCCGGGAGGGAGGGAGCGAGCUGCAGCCCGCGCCGCCAGACCCUGCGACUCGGGUACCUGGAUCCCGAACGGCCGCAAAACCUCGCUCCUUUCAACAAAGGCAGCCUGAGCGCAGACGGCACGUUUGCAACUCAAAAAUGCAGCCCCAACAGUACCUGCAGCAGCGUCGGAAAUUUGCAGUUGCCUUCUUGGCAUUCAUUUUCAUUUUGGCAGCUGUGGGCACCGCCGAAGCAGGGAAGAAAGAGAAACCAGAAAAGAAAGCGAAGAAGUCGGACUGUGGCGAGUGGCAGUGGAGCGUGUGCGUGCCCACCAGCGGGGACUGCGGGCUGGGCACCCGGGAGGGCACCCGCACCGGCGCCGAGUGCAAACAGACCAUGAAGACCCAGCGAUGUAAGAUCCCCUGCAACUGGAAAAAGCAGUUCGGAGCGGAGUGCAAAUACCAGUUCCAGGCUUGGGGAGAGUGCGACCUGAACACGGCCCUGAAGACCAGAACCGGGAGUCUGAAGCGAGCCCUGCACAACGCGGACUGCCAGAAGACGGUCACCAUCUCCAAGCCCUGUGGCAAAGUGACCAAGCCCAAGCCUCAAGCUGAAUCUAAGAAGAAGAAAAAGGAAGGCAAGAAACAGGAGAAGAUGCUGGACUGAGAGAAGCCACCUGCGUGGGGCGGGAAAAGGACAUCAGCAGACAGGAGCAGUUAACUCUUGCAUUUAUAUCUACCGUAGGCUUUUUAUUCAAAAACUAUCUAUAGCUUAAGUAUACAAUAGGCAGAAACAAAAAAAAAGAACAUUUUUGUAGUAGCAUUUUUAAAAUGUAUACCAUAGUACCACUAGGGGCUUAUAAUAAAGGACUAUAAUCCUAUUUAGAAAGUUGACUUAUAGUACAUGAUAAAUGAUAGAAAAUUGAGGUAAGUUUUUUUUUGAAAUUAUGUGAUAUUUUCCAUUUAAAAUCUUUUUUUUUUUUUACAUUUUUCCUUUGGCAGCAAUUUAAAUGUUAUGACCAUGUAAACCACUUCUUUUAUUAGGUCAUUUUUCAUCUAGACUUUUCCUCCCAACUGAGAAAAAUAUAUACUAAACAAGGCAGCAAUAAAAUAUAAUCAUCCUAUUUGAGGAAAAUACCUUGUUUUCUGCCAGUGAUUUUAAAACAGCUUUAGUCAGCAAAAUGGGGUGGGGGCGCAGAGCAUGAACUAGUUCACUGUGGACUUUUUUAAAGAAAAGCAUUAAAACACGAGAUUCUUUCACUUUGGCAGAAACAUUUGUUUUCUUGAUGAAGCUAUUUUUCCAUCUGCGGAAAAAAAAGAGACUAGGAAAAUAAAUCAAGGUAAUGAUGAAAAAAAA